UGUACCUUCAUCAUUCAUAUAUUAAACACAUAACAUUCUUCCUUUAUCUCAGUAAUCCAAAAACCACGAACCCAAAUAUGGUUAUAGAUUUCUUAUCUCCUGGCUUAAUUCCAACCAUAGCAACAAUAUUAGCCACUUUUGUGGCAGUCGACCUCCUCCUGCGCCAUAUUCGUGGCCGCCGAUACAAUCUGCCACCAGGCCCAAAACCAUGGCCCAUCAUAGGGAACCUAAACCUCAUUGGAUCCCUUCCUCACCGGUCCAUCGACGAUCUUAGCAAAAAAUAUGGGCCCAUCAUGCAUCUUUGGUUCGGCUCCCACCCUGUAGUUGUGGGUUCAUCAGUAGAAAUGGUCAGAUCUUUCCUCAAAACCCACGACGCCGCCAUAGCCGGCCGACCCAAAUUCUCUGCCGGAAAAUACACAACCUACAACUAUUCCGACAUAACAUGGUCUCAGUAUGGCCCGUACUGGCGGCAAGCGCGAAGAAUGUGCUUAAUGGAGCUCUUCAGCGCGAAACGCCUAGAGUCGUAUGAGUACAUAAGAAAAGAAGAGAUGCGCAAUCUGCUGAGUGAUCUUGCCAACUCUAAUAACACAACAGUGUUGUUGAAGGACCAUCUUUCAACUCUAAGCCUCAAUGUUAUAAGCCGCAUGGUGCUUGGGAAGAAGUACACGGAGAAAUCAGAGAACGCAAUUAUAUCACCUGACGAAUUCAAGAAGAUGCUGGACGAGUUGUUCUUGCUGAACGGUGUGCUUAACAUAGGGGACUUCAUCCCUUGGAUUCAUUUCUUGGAUUUGCAGGGAUACGUAAAGAGGAUGAAAGCUUUGGCUAAGAAGUUUGAUAGGUUUAUGGAGCAUGUGUUGGAUGAACACAUUGAGAGGAGGAAAGCAGUGAAGGAUUAUGUUGCCAAGGACAUGGUUGAUGUUCUUUUGGAGCUUGCAGAGGAUCCUAAUCUUGAGGUCAAACUUGAGAGGCAUGGCGUUAAAGCAUUUAGUCAGGAUUUAAUAGCUGGUGGAACAGAGAGCUCUGCAGUUACUGUAGAAUGGGCAAUUUCGGAGAUGUUGAAAAAGCCAGAGAUUUUUAAAAAGGCAACAGAAGAACUAGACAGAGUGAUAGGAAGAGAGCGAUGGAUUGAAGAGAAAGACAUUGUUAAUUUGCCUUACAUUAACGCCAUCGCUAAGGAGACAAUGAGGUUACACCCGGUGGCACCAAUGCUGGUGCCACGGAAAGCCCGCGAAGAUAUUAAGAUCGACGGCUAUGAUAUCCCGAAAGAGACACAAGUGCUAAUCCAUGUUUGGACCGUUGGCAGAGACCCCGAGAUAUGGGAUAACCCAACUGAGUUUCAACCCGAACGAUUUCUUGGUAAGGAUAUUGAUGUGAGAGGCCAUGAUUAUGAGUUGUUGCCAUUUGGUGCUGGUAGAAGAAUGUGCCCUGGUUACCCUCUUGGACUCAAGGUGAUUCAAUCAAGUUUGGCUAAUUUAUUACAUGGCUUUAAUUGGAGACUACCUGAUAAUAGGAAAAAAGAAGACUUGAAUAUGGAGGAAAUUUUUGGGCUUUCAACUCCAAAAAAAUAUCCUCUUGAGGUGGUCAUAGAGGCUAGACUUCCUAACCGUCUUUAUUCCAUCUGAGUACUAGGGUUAAGUGUUUUGGAAUAAUUGUGAGCAUUGUGUGCUGCUAUGAAGUUUAAUUUCAUGAACUCCCUCUCUCCUUUCUCCUGGAGAAAAAUAAGAACUACUUUGGAUCAUAUUGUUAUGAUGGUCAAUAGGACCUCCAAAACUAGUAAGAGAUGGUUAUGAUUUUUUAUCUA